AUGUCUUGGAUCAUCCACUGUGUUUCCCUUGACAUCAAGAACAGUGCCACGUUUCUCGAUAUUGUUGCGGUUAUGUGGGCUGAGCUCACUAACAGAUUCAGCCAAGGCAAAGAACCUCGCCUCUUUGAACUCAAUGAAUCCCGCAGUGAUCUAUGCCAAGGAGAUGACUCCGUCACGACUUACUUUACCAAAAUUCGGGCCAUUUGGGAUGAGAUCAACGAGUUGCUACCUCAUAUUCCUUGCAGUUGUCAAGCUUCUGUUGACAACCUAAAAUUUCAGAAUCAAGAGAAGGUCCUUCAAUUCUUGAUAGGUCUCAAAGAAUUAUACCAUGAUGUCCAUGAUCAAGUACUCAUCCUUGAGUCAUUUCCUUCUCUUUCGAAGGUCUUUGCCACCAUCAUUCAACAUGAAAGGCAAUGCAAGAUUCGUACCUUGUCAAAACCUCCCCGAAACAAGCAAAUACGCCCAUUUUGCGCUCACUGUGAGAAGCCAGAGAACUUGACAGAAAAAUACUAUAUACUCCAUAGAUUUCCCCUGGUUAUGGUGACAAAUGGAAAACUAAUUCUACACAACGUCCUAACCGGAUCGCAGCCAGUCCUCUAA